GUAUCCCAGGCAGCAACUACAUCAAUGCCAACUACAUAGAUGGCUACUGUCGUCAAAACGCCUACAUUGCGACGCAGGAGCUCUCUCCCGAGACCUUCUGUGACUUCUGGAGACUGGUUUGGGAACAGCACACGGCCAACAUCGUCAUGAUGACCAAGCUAGAGGAGAAGUCUCGGGUAAAAUGUGAUCAGUACUGGCCUACCAGAGGAACAGAGACAUAUGGGCUGAUACAGGUUACUCUGCUGGACACCGUAGAGCUGGCUACAUACUCUGUUAGGACCUUCGCUCUCUACAAGAGUGGCUCCAAUGAGAAGCGUGAGAUUCGCCAGUUCCAGUUUACAGCCUGGCCGGACCACGGGGUCCCCGAACACCCCACCCCUUCCUGGCCUUCCUCGACGGGUCAAGGCCUGCAACCCUGCAGACGCAGGACCCAUGGUCGUACACUGCAG